AUGUCGGAGCUUUUCUCGCCUGCGCCUGAGCCAUUGGCCGAGCUCGGUCGCUAUCGAAUUCUCUCGUCUACCGCGGGAAUCCGUGUAUCGCCGCUUCAAUUGGGUGCCAUGUCCAUUGGGGAUUCAUGGUCUUCCUUUAUGGGCUCCAUGGACAAAGAGUCCUCUUUUAAACUCCUGGACGCCUUCGUCGUGGCGCCUCCAACAACUACCAAGACGAGCAAUCUGAAGCCUGGCUGGGAGAAUGGAUGGCAGCUCGGAAGAACCAGUUACGCUCUCGGCAAAGGCCACGCCCCCAACCACGCCGGCAACCACCGUCGCUCUCUGUACGUGAGUGUGCGUGACUCGCUGCGGAAGUUGCAAACGGAUUGGAUUGAUAUCCUCUACCUCCACUGGUGGGAUCAGACGACGUCCAUCGAGGAGGUAAUGGACAGUCUUCAUAUCUUGGUGGAGCAGGAACAGGUUCUCUACUUGGGAGUUUCGGACACCCCCGCGUGGGUUGUGAGUGCAGCCAACACUUAUGCUCGGUCUCACGGCAAGACUCCCUUCAGUGUUUACCAGGGCCGUUGGAACGUGAUGGUGCGUGAUUUCGAACGGGAAAUCAUUCCUAUGGCGCGCCACUUCGGUAUGGCCCUGGCUCCAUUCGAUGUUCUCGGUAGCGGCAAGUUCCAGACUAUGAAAGCCAUGAUGGAGCGGAAACAAAAGGGAGAAACACUGCGGAGCAUGUUUGGUAACGGAGAGCAAACAGAAGAGGAGAUCAAGAUGAAUGAAGCCCUGGCUCAAGUAACAUCGGAGCACGGCAUCGAGUCCGUGACCGCUGUGGCUCUGGCCUAUGUCAUGGCCAAAGCCCCCAACGUGUUCCCCCUGGUGGGUGGCAGAAAAGUGGAGUACCUGAAGGACAAUAUUCAGGCAUUGAAGAUCAAAUUAACGCCAGUAUAA